AUGGAAGAGUAUUCAUGCAUUCUGAGGAUUCCCAUUAAGCUUCAAGUUCCUUUUCACGUGUCUAUGGAGGUUCUCGAUUCUGAACAUAUUGUUGCUACCCUUUAUUUGGGAAAAUCUGUGGUGGAUGCUAAUCUCAAAACAAAAGGAGAACUCUAUGGUUUUCAUCUGAGUUUUCUUUUAGAGACUUUAGGUACUUUGGCUAAAGAAGAGAAUUGGAGAAAUCACAAGAGAAGAGGUGAAUUAGUGUGGUUUUGUGCUCCUAUUUUGUAUCAUUGGUUCCGAAGCCAUCUCCCAUGCAAAGGAGCGUUUGUAGAUAAAAAGGAGAUCUUUAAGUGGUCCAAGAGGUUAAUGGGGCUUACUUCCAAGGAUUUGGUGUGGUAUAACUUAAGAUUGGAUAGGAUAAAGAAAUCUAAAGUGCUUAUGAGUUAUGGAGAGUUUCCUAAUGUGCCAUUCAUGGGUAUUAGGGGAGGUAUAAACUAUAAUCCUGUGCUUUCUCAGAGACAAUUGGGAUAUGCUUUGAAAGGACCUCCAGAGGAUAGGAGCAUACAAGAGUCUUUGUUCUAUAAUGUGACUGGUGAUGUUGAGAUGAUGAAGAAAGCAGCUAAAGCCUGGAAUCAUAUUUCGUGUAAAGGGAAAGAGUUUUUCGGCAAGAAAGGUUGUAUUGCUUAUCCUCUUUACAUAGACUGGAUCAAAGAUAGGGUUCAGACUGUCUUGUUGCCUUUUUUGAUAGAGAAGCCAUUGUAUCCUCAAGAGCCAGAUCACCCUGAUUUUGUGCCUAGAGAGUACUUCAAUAAAACUUUGCUUUUGAACAUGAAGUUGAAGCAGGCGAAAGAAGAACUGAGCAUGCAAGUCUUUAGAUUUAGGCAAGAAAAGAUGAAUUUGGCUUACAAGCUUAAAGAAAGAGAUGAAUUUCUUGGUGAAUAUGGUCUUGUUGUGGAUGGAAGGAUAAAAAAGAAGCCAAAAGUUGAUAGAGUUAGAGGGUGUACUUCUACAAUUGUUGAAAAACAAAGGAAAGCUUUUGAAGAAGUUGAAAAAGAUAUCAAGCAAAAGCACCGAGACUAUGAAUCCCUCAAAGCCUCCAAAUCCAAGAUGAAGAGAAAAUAUAAGGCCAAGAUUAAGGAGUUGGAGAAGCAGCUUCAGGGUCUGCAUGGAAACUUUCCACCACCACCACCACCACCAUACAAUGAUGGAGGACUGCAUCUCAUUAUUGGGGAUAUACUGGGGAAUCCCAAUGCAAGAGGAAAUGCUCAAAUACAACAGUUGUAA